UUUCUUAGGGCAAAUAAAUUAAACGUUACUUUUUACUGGAGGUAAGCUUACAGUAAGUAAAAGUUCAGUCAAGUUGCAGAAAUGACUGCAGUGCACACUUUUUGUGUUCAUAAAGAGACUUCAGAGUUCUAGUACUUGAGUAAUAAGUAGGGAUACAUAAUAAAAUUACCCACCAGCAGUCAGUUUUUCCUUUUUUAGAAAAAAAUCACUGUAUAUGUAGCUUUGUUUUUAUACUGUAGAAAUCCUCAUGUAACUUGGAGGAUGCCAUACUGGGUAGUUUCUCUGACAUGGGUCUUGUAUGUCAUUUGCCACUAAAUGUAAUCAUACAUGUAAUCAUUCUUAAAAGAAUAGUUUAAUAUGGAUCAAACACUUGUCUUGUGAUUACAUCUAAAGGCCACAACCAGUUUGGGCCUUGUUGUACUAGUCACUAUACAAACACAGUAAAUAAGAGUCCCUGGCCCAAAGAGCUGAGUCUGAAAGACAAGAUUUAACAGGUGGAUAGGGAGAAACAAGUGAAGUGGGGAGAUGGGUUAACAAGUAGAACAGUAUGUGUAGCUGAUCAGUGGUGGUGAUCACAGCUCUCUGCCUGCCUCCUCAUUACUAUUUGCUGUAUUAACAUACAGCUGUAAUGCUUAUAGUUUGAAAAGCAUAUAAAAAUACAUGCAUUGUAGCAGUGCUAAGAGUGGCUUGUAUUUUUCCUUUCUCCAAUUUAAACUGUUUAUUUACCUUUAACUAACUACUUGUACUUGAAUUGCUGCUCCUUGAUGGUGAGGUACCAAGAUAAGAGUGCUUGAAGUGUUUUGUAGGGAUGCUUUUGUUUGAAACAAGUUUUUCUUAUGAAGUCCAAUGUAUUGGACUUAAAUCCUAAUUUUUGUUUCUUAUGAUAGGGUUUUCAAACUUGAUCUGCAGGAGAUUCUCAUUUUAGAAAACACUAAUUUAUAUUUUAGAUUUUUUUUUUUUUUAAUUUUAAUGACUGUCUCUCUCUGUAGAGGUAGCAGGUAUACUUACUUGCGGAGGAGGUUCAGUGCUUCACAUAGCUGAACAUCUACUCUCCUGAAUGACACAUGGCUUCUAAAGUAGGUCUUACCUGUCCUCAUCCAGAAGGAUUAGUCUGGAAAGGAGGAAGUCGUACACUGAAAUGUAGGAGGGAUAGUUUUAGGCAGAUGUUCUUUCAGACCUGAAAUCAUCUUUCCAUCCCAAAAUACUGGUCAACUGCACAAAGCUUUUUUGAGAGUUGUCUUAGUGCUGGUCUACACUGAAAAGUAAUGUUGGCAUAACUACAUCUCUCAAAGCUGUGAAAAAUCCAUACCUCUGAAAGAUAUAGUUAAGCUGACCUAACCCUCAAUGUAGCCAGCCUAGGGCACUGCCUCAUGAAGGGGUGGAUUAUCUGCAGUGACAAGAAAACCCCUCUUGUCACUGGUUAUUGUCUACACCGAAGUACUGCAGCGGUGCCAGCACAGCUGUGUCAUGCUAGUGUUUUAAGUGUAGGCAUUGCCUUACUUUACAAUGUAUAUACUGAUACUCAGAGUGUAAAGAGGGGGGUUAGUUCCAAACAUAGGCUAUUUUAAACUUGCUGCCUUGAUUUUUUUUUUUUUUUUUUUCAGUUCCUCUGAGGGGCGUUUGUGUAUAAAAUAACUCUUAAAACUGUGUACCACAUGUCUGAAAAACAACAGGAUUACUGGGAUCCUAUAUAUCAUUGCCUUUGUUCCAAAAGAGAUUCUCAUAGUAGUGAUUCUCUCUGCAGUGAGUGUGUUGAUUAUCUAGACUUUGCAGGGCCUAAAGGGUGGUUUUUGUUGUUGUUUUUUUUAAAGUCAGGUUUCAAAUAACUUGUGUGAGCGACCCUUUUAUCCUUUUCCUUUGAGGUAUUCAGUACAGAAUCGUAGGGCUAACUAUCUGAGAAACCUUUUAGGUCACCUUUUCUCAAGCUGACUUUUCGUGCGGGGGGAGAAACGGGGAAGGAGGAUUUAAGAUCCCUCUUUAUUGUAAACUGUUGUCCUAAAGAAGUAAGGAUAAAGAGUAGUAGAGUGGACCUUGAUUUCACAUAGUUACUCAAUUAAAUGUGUGAAGAAUAGUCCAUAUUUAUAAAACGCAAUUAGAAAAAAAAAUUUGUGUUUUUAACUCUUCUUAGUCAUUGACUAUUUCCUGGAAAUGUGAUUGAGAUUUUUUUCUGAUUUUUCUGUAAAAUAAUCGAAGUUGAACCAAUGCAUGAUUAGUACGUAAGAAUUUUUGGUAGCUUUAUACAACUUAAUCUUUAAUAUAAAUACAUACAUCUUUAUUAUGGUCUCCCUUUAUGUUUGGUGUAUGCAUGUUUUCACUUGUUCAAGUCUUAUUUUCAAAGUUUUCAGUUGAGGGUAAGUAUAGCUUAGUUUUUAUUUCCUUUUUAGGCUGUGCAGAGCAAACUGAUUUAAGAUUGCAUAAAUGACUGUUCUCAGGCAAUUUGUAACAUAUUAUUCAGAUUUUCUUAAUGCAGAAAAUUGGAAGCGGUUUAACACUUGCUUGUUCAUGAAGGGUUUAAGGUACAUUUCAUUCUGUAGUGUGUGGAAGUGGUCUUAAUUUGAGCCUUUCAGUGAUCUACAUAUUCUCUAUAGUCGUAUGUGUAGAAGAACUAGGUUUUAAUAUAGAAUGCAAUUAUUUUAAAAGGUUUUAAAACUGGCAUCAUAAAACUCUCAGUAUGAUUUUUGUGCCAGUCUUGGAAUACUGAAUAUCGUGCAUCUAGUUGAUCUAAACCAUAUUUUAGAAAGCCUUUACAUUACACUGUAUGACUUGCUGACUGGUUUUAUUUGUCUUGUUUUUUCAAAAGUGCCUGUAUUUUUGUGGGGUUGGGGAGGGCAGGAUAGUGGUGUGUGUGUUUGUGUGCUGCUUGAUAUUUGGCUAACUGUACACAAAUUGCCUGAGAAACACCAUUUAAUAAAAUCAGACUUUCCACAAAUGGGGUUUAGCUAUUGUAGCUGGGUCUCUCCUUUUUUACUCAAUCUCAAAUAAUAGGCCUCUGGUUAUUUUGCAGAGUGUCUCUGAAGAAUGGACAGAAUUGCCAUGGCUAACUACAAGCUACAGUUCACAGUGGACAAACGUUGUUUUCUUAUUUACUUUAUAAAUUUUGCCUUUUAUGUCUUGUAGUUUCCAAUCAAUCCUGUAUGAUUGCUGUUUGCGAAUGCAGUUUUAAAUUCUUUAUAAUAGUAUAUAGUUUAAAACAUAAAUGUCUUUAGUGUUUUAUUUCCUUCGAUAAUGCAACCAUUUCUGAAAAUGUCAAUUUUUCAAAAUUUACAGCUGCCCACAGUCCAAAAAGGGGGUAACGAAUUGACCUGAGAAACUUAAAGAAUUCAGUUAACAGGCGACAGAUGCACGAGUGGUUAAAGAUAUGGCAACAGGGAAAUCUAAAGGAUAUGGCUUUGUUUCCUUCUUCAAUAAAUGGGAUGCAGAAAAUGCUAUUCAGCAGAUGGGUGGACAGUGGCUUGGUGGAAGACAAAUCAGAACUAACUGGGCAACACGAAAACCUCCAGCUCCAAAGAGUACAUAUGAAUCAAACACCAAGCAGCUGUCUUAUGAUGAUGUUGUAAAUCAGUCAAGCCCAAGCAACUGUACUGUAUAUUGUGGUGGUGUUACUUCAGGACUAACAGAACAGCUAAUGCGCCAGACCUUUUCUCCAUUUGGGCAGAUAAUGGAAAUUCGAGUCUUCCCAGAUAAAGGGUACUCUUUUAUACGGUUCAAUUCUCAUGAAAGUGCUGCACAUGCAAUUGUUUCUGUCAAUGGAACUACUAUAGAAGGGCAUGUUGUGAAGUGCUAUUGGGGUAAAGAAACACCAGAUAUGAUCAAUCCAGUCCAGCAGAAUCAAAUUGGAUAUCCACAGGCUUAUGGCCAGUGGGGCCAGUGGUAUGGAAAUGCACAGCAAAUUGGUCAGUACAUGCCUAAUGGUUGGCAAGUCCCUGCAUAUGGAAUGUAUGGACAGGCAUGGAAUCAGCAGGGAUUUAAUCAGACACAGUCUUCUGCCGCAUGGAUGGGUGCAAAUUACGGAGUUCCACCACCGCAGGGGCAGAAUGGAAGUGUGUUAACUAAUCAAACUGGAUAUCGCAUGGCAGGUUUCGAAACUCAGUGAGAGAAAAGGACUCUGGAACCUAACACCAGUGACUUGAGGCAACAAGGAGUGCUGUAAAGCCUUUGUUUACUUAGUUUUAUCAAGUCAGUGCAAAUGUCAGAUACAGUGUAUUUAUUUAAAGAAAUCAUUUUAAUCAUGAAACUAUUGGUCAUCCACAUUGUUUAAAAAAGCAAACAAACAGGAAAAACUAGAUGCUGGAUGUCUGCCAACUUUUGCCUUCUUUUCCUUCUUUUGAUGUGUGUUUCUUAAGAUCCUUGUUUGAAACACAACAAAUGCAGGGAUUACUGCCACUGUUAAAUUGGGGCAGAAAAUUGCACAAAGUCAAACUUUUUUUUUCUUUUGAAGUAAUGUGCAGUUUUAGUUUGCAUUCCUAAUGGUUUAAAAUGUAUUAUAAACAGUUGUACAAAAAAGCCAAAACUGUGUGAAUUCUGAAGGUUCUUUACAAUCUUCAGCCUGUGCACAAAUUUGUUUUAAAAAUAGCCUAUUGUAUAAAGUGUCCAUCUCUCCACUUUUGUUUAUACCAGGGUUUUCAAAUAUAAAUUAUUUUACAUGAUUUUGUAUCUAGACAUUUUUCAAACAGUUGUCUUUGCCUUAUGUCAUGAGGAAAGUGUGAUGCUCAGCAUAAAAUUGUGUGCACAACUCUCAGAUGGAUCUAACUGAAGUCACAUUGUGUUCUACGUGAGAAGGUGUCUAGAGAAAUCCCUGUUGGAUUUGUUCUAUAGGAUUUUUAUCUUCAGAGAUAAACUUUGAUGUGUACUAGGGAAUAUAAAAUCCUAUUACAAAUACCACAGUGUGACAAAUUCCUAAGAACCAGCUUUUUUCUUUCAGUCUACAUUUACACUUAUCCAUUAUCAUGUAAAAUAUUUUAGCAAACUAAUAUUUUGCACAAAAGUUAGAAAACUUUGUAUGUUUCCUUAUUUAAAGGUAGGAUGCAUUGUCCUUUCACGUGAUUUAUGCGUAAGAUUUUUAAGGGGUUUUUUUUGGUCUUGCAUGUGAAUAUCAAAUAUACACUUUGGUAGUCUUUGAAUACAAAGUCAUCCGCUCUUUUUUAAAGAAACUGUAAAAGACACAAAGUUGUAUGUAGAAAACAAAUCAGUCUUGCUGUUUACUGAUAGUAAAUUUUACUCAAAUAGAGUAAGUUGACUUGAUUUUAACAUGUACAAUUAGAGCUGUGAAAACUGUAGCAUUGUAUGUGUAAGCAUCAGGCAGGGGGGUAUGUGGAAUGCUCCAGUUUAGCCUGAAGGACCAGCUGGGCAAAGCAUUUUUAAAUGUUCAAAGGCCAAAAAACUUUCUAUCCUACCUCCUUGACCAGCCUUCAAAGAGCAAAAACUUCUUCAUUGUGUAAUGUUAUUUAUUAUUCCUAUUAAGCUUUGGCUUCUGGAGUUCCCAUAUUUCUUCUCUCCCCCCUUCCCUCCCCCCUAAUCAGUUGCAGUUGGGCAACUCAGAGUAUCAAGGGAUUAAACUUCUGCUACAUUUGACAGUCAUGUGACAAUGUAUUUCCGGGUCCUGUAUGAAGUAAUAACAGAGGAUAGUGGGGAGUGGGACAGGAAUGAGGUAAGGCUCCCCUUCCCCCCAAUUAAGGAUAUAAUAUUGGACUGUUUUAAAAUUUUUUGAACAUUUUUAUUAGAAAAUGGGAGGAGUGGGGAGAGGGGGAAGGCAGGCAUAGAGCAAAUCUCUUAGGAGAUUGUGUUGGCCUGUAUCUUGUAACCAAUGUUCUAUAAAGAGUGGAGGACCUGAGUCUUUGAGACUCCCUGGAGAACUUUUCUAUGCAGCUGUUUUUAAAACUUGGCUUUAAAGAUAGGUGACUACAAACCAACUUUUUUACUUGGAAGUGUUUUCCUCCCUGUAACUCUUGCAAAUAGGACUCGCAACAAAAACGAAAAAACAGUUUAAAAGUGAAAUGCUUCACAAAGUAGAUCAGUAUCUUAACUUCUAUGGAUUAUUCUAGGUUAGGGCUCUAUUCUGACUUUAAUUAUGCAAACAUACAUUUUUACUUUCUGCUUGACCAGCUGUGCUGUAUCAUAUUUUGCCCAAAGAACAUCCAUAUCUGUGAGUAGGCUCUGGAGUUUAGCUCAAUGCUGUAUUUGAAUACAGAUUUUAAAACCAA